GUUGCAACAACUUUGGCGACUGAAAAAACAACUGUUGAUCAUGAUGAAUCAACAUCGACCACCAAGCAUGAUGAUCUUCCGAUGCACAAGUUGAGACCAGAUAUCACAUCCAUAGUUGUCAGUAUAAACAGUUCUUUAGACAAUGUGCAGAAUGAAACCUGUGAUUUGGACGAGAACAACAUCUACAGGUUGCCCAGAAAUGUGGUGCCUCAACAUUACCAUUUGAAUCUGAUCACUUACCUGGAUGAGGCCAUGAACUAUUCGUUUAGUGGACAAAUUGCCAUUGCGGUUAGAUGUGUUCGUCCAACAAAAGAAAUCAUCCUGCACGCCCUCGAGCUGGAUAUCGACGAAAAAAACCUCCAAGUGUUGGAAAUCAUGACCAACCAUGUGGAACGCAAACAAAAGUCCACCAACAACACCUUGGCCUGGAUCGACCGUGAGAACCUGGUCAAAAGUGCAGGGUACUUGCCAAAAGUCAAUGAAACCGCUCAGAACGACUUCUAUAGAAUUGAACUCAAUCAGGAAAUGAAUGUAGGAGAAACUUAUGUGGUGAUGAUAAAAUUUACUGGACUGAUUAAGGAGACCCUGUCGGGAUAUUAUAGAUGCAGUUAUAAGAAGGAGAAUGGUGAAAAAGAGUGGCUUUCGGUGACCCAAUUUGAACCCACAGAUGCCAGGAGGGCUUUUCCUUGUUUUGAUGAACCUGACAUGAAGGCAACUUUCGAUAUUAAUAUGUUACAUCGAAAAAAGUACAGGGCCAUUAGUAAUGCACCAGCUGUUAGCAUCACUGAAAUGAUGGACAAUCCAGAUUGGCUGUGGACGAAUUUCACAACAACUCCAAAAAUGUCGACAUACCUGGUGUUUUUCAUGGUCUCGGAUUUUGAAGUUAGGGAUGUUACAAAAUUUGAUUACAAAUUUGAGGUCUACGCUAUGCCAAGGGCCAUCAACCAGACCAAUUUUGCCCUCAGAGAGUCUCCAAACAUUCUCAACGAACUGACCCAGUAUUUAUACACACCAUAUGCCCUCCAAAAGUGGCCCGUUAAAAUGAUUGCAGUGCCGGAAUUUUCUGCAGGUGCUAUGGAGAAUUGGGGAGCAGUGACUUUUAGAGAGUCUUUACUCCUGUACGAUGAUGUUGCGAGUGACACCAAGAGUAGAUAUUCGAUUGUUUCGGUGAUUGCCCACGAACUGACCCACCAGUGGCUGGGCAACCUAGUCACCCUCAAAUGGUGGAAUGAUUUAUGGUUGAACGAAGGGGUAACCACCUACGUCACUGGUCUAAUAGUGGAGCAAGUGCAUCCAGAAUGGAACUCUCUUCUGGAAAACACUGCCAAAACGGUCAUGAGUUUGCUGGAAGUUGACUCGUUGAAGGGAUCCCAUCAGGUGUCUGUAAAAAUUGAUAAUCCAAAUGAUAUUGGCCAGAUUUUUGAUUCUAUAUCGUACAGUAAAGGAAGUAUGAUUUUGAGGAUGCUGGAUUUGAUUUUGGCUGAUAAUAUAUUCAGACUAGGUUUGAAAAGUUAUUUAUCGGAGCACGCUUAUUCUAAUGCCCAAAAGGACGAUUUAUGGAAGCACCUAUCAGCAAGUUAUAGAAAGAAAUUGGACAAAAAUGAAACCAAGUGCACACAGGACGACCUCAAAAUUUUGAGCAGGGAUGAUGGAGUAAAAACUAUAAUGGAUUCCUGGACUCUGCAGACUGGUUAUCCCCUUAUUAACGUUAAAAGGAACUAUGAGAAAGACACUGCCUACAUCACACAGGAGCGUUACCUGUUGCAACGCAUGUUCCGAAACAACUCCUGCAAAAAUGCAACAUACAAACAUGAGAAAGAUGAUUCUUCCGAUAAUAAACAAUGCUGGUACGUUCCUUUAAGUUACACCACUGAAUCUGAGAAAGACUUCAACAACACCAGGCCCAGAAAGUGGUUGGUCUGUCCAGAAAAUAUGAAGUACGACAGGAAAAGGAAUCUGAGGAGUGAUAAUAUGAUUAGUUUGGGAUUCGAUAAUAACAGUACUGAUGAUGAGGAAGAUGAUUAUAGAUAUAAUAAGACUGGUGCAGAUGUUUGGAAGAAUUAUGGUGAAGAUGAAGAUGUCGAUUUGCCAGGGACUGCCACAUUGAAGGAUAUGCCGGGGAAGGAUCAGUGGGUUAUAUUUAAUAUACAAAUGGCAGGUAUCUACAGAGUGAAUUACGAUUUGCAAAAUUGGGAGAAAUUAAUUUUAUAUCUUCAAUCAGAAAAUUAUGACAAAAUACACAUUUUGAAUCGAGUACAACUCAUUGAUGAUUCUCUGGACUUGGCCUGGACUGGAGAUCAGGAUUAUUCUGUAGCUUUAAAACUGGUCUCAUAUUUGAAACAAGAAACAGAAUAUAUAGCUUGGAACUGCGCAUUAAAAAAUUUGGCCAAGCUUAAAAAAGCUUUGAUGUAUGGGGAUGAGUUUCCUCUGUUUGAGAAAUAUAUAAGCCAAUUUAUAUCACCAAUGUAUGAACGAUUGGGUGGUAUUUCUCAUCAGUUAAAAAUCAAAAAGGGCAAAUCGGCAGAAAGAGAAAAUCUUACAGACCAUUCUCGGCCUGAAGACAUUGUGAAACACCGAAUCCUGAUCUCGUCCUGGGCAUGCAGAUAUGCAAUUUCAGAUUGCAGACAAAAGGCAGUAUCGUAUUUUGAAGAAUUCAUGAACGCUCACAAAACUAAAAGUGACAGGGCAGCUGAUGUGAUUCCUGCAGACAUUGUGUCUAUAGUUUACUGUACUGCUGUUCGAUUUUCAGACCAGGUGAAUAAGAAAAUUAGGAGUGAAACAUCUGAUGAUACCAGAAGAAAAGGUUUUCACAAUCAUCCGGUGGUCAGAACUUACAGCACAAAUAAAAAUAAUACUGAUAAAAAUUCCUCUUUAUCAUUUGAACUUUUAACAGAUGAAUGUACCAGCCAAGAUGUAGAGAACGUAACAUCAGCUAGUGCUUUUGAAUUUUUAUGGAAUUUAGCUGGAGAUAGUAAUCUGGCACAGACGCAAGUUUUGGCUAUUUUGAAGGCUUUGGCUUGCACUACGGAUAAAGAUAAGGCUCUCAGAUAUUUGAACGCUUCUUUGGAUCGCAAUAGUUUUAUCAGGAGACAAGAUGCCCAACUUGCAUUCUCGGGUGUUGCUUCAAACUCUAAGACUUUUAUGGUGGCCAGAAAGUUUCUAUACGAAAGAAUCAAAGAUAUAUACGAAUAUUUGGGUCCAAAUUCAAAUAAAUUGGGCAGCUAUGUGGAUGCAGUAGCAGAUCAGAUCACAACACAGAAAGAUUAUGAUGAGUUGGUGGAGUUCACAAAACAGAAUGCAAAAUAUUUAGCACGUUCUCAACUGAUUAUUAAAAAAUCAUUAGAAAGUGCCCAAUUAAUGAUACAUUGGCAACAAAAGCAUUACGAUAGAGUGAUAAAACUUUUAAAGGAAUAUACGCAAGAUUAA